UCUUAAUACAUUAAAUUUUGAAUAAAUCAUUAUAAUCGAAAGAUCAGCCAACGCCUGUCGGAAUGAAUUGUCAUCUAUGACCGUGGUGUUUCGUAUUAUCUGUUUCAUCAGUUUGGAAUGCAACUUUCCGUCAAAAGAAGAGGUCAGGUUAACUUUCAAUCGUGUGGUUUGGAAAUUUGCACGUCAACCAACUGGCUUUUGAAAAAACUUGGCUGGUACUUAUCAAUAUCUAAUUUGUAUGCCACUAGGUAUGAAAUUGAAGAAAUAGAAGAUGAAGAUCUAAGAAGUUUCUUAAACAUGUAUUGGUCCAAGAUGUCAAACCCUGCUGAUCGUUUAAAUUAUGUACAAGAUAGCAGCAGUGACACAGAAACAGACAAAGAAACAGGUAGCAGAGGGCAACAUCGUAUUUAUAAAAAUAGAAUGAGUUGUGGUGGAUCUUCCAAACCAAAAUCUUGUCUGGUGCAAAGGGAUGGAAGUAGUGAAAGGCACUGUCAUUCUUUCAAUUCUGGCAGACAAAAUACAAAUGUUAGUCAACAAAACAGAGCCCAGACAUCAAUAUAUAAGAGACUUUGCUCUGGAGUUGGUGUGGGAAAAAGUCAACAAAGUCAAAAUAGAGAUAAUUUACCAUCUUCUGGCUCUGUUACUGGUAUAAACAACCCACAAGCUAGUGAUGAACGCAUUACUCUUAUCGUUGAUAAUACUAGGUUCAUUGUUGAUCCCGCAUUAUUCACUGCAUAUCCAAAUACGAUGUUAGGUAGAAUGUUUAGUUCUGGCGUUGAAUAUGCUCAACCGAACGAACGCGGUGAAUAUGAGGUUGCAGAUGGUAUAUCCGCCAUGGUCUUUAGAGCUAUUCUCGAUUAUUACAAGGGUGGAGUAAUUCGAUGCCCGCCGACAGUUGCUGUCCAAGAAUUACGGGAAGCCUGCGAUUAUCUUCUCGUUCCAUUUGAUGCCAGUACAGUAAAAUGUCAAAAUUUAAGGGGAUUAUUACAUGAGUUAUCUAACGAAGGCGCGCGGUGCCAAUUUGAAGUGUUCCUCGAGGACUUGAUAUUGCCCUUGAUGGUAAACAGCGCACGCAGAGGCGACCGCGAGUGUCACAUCGUUGUCUUAUUGGAAGAUGAUAUCGUUGAUUGGGACGAAGAAUAUCCACCACAAAUGGGAGAAGAAUAUUCACAAACUGUCAACAGCACUGCGAUGUAUCGGUUCUUUAAAUAUAUUGAAAAUAGAGACGUGGCCAAGCAAGUAAUGAAAGAACGAGGUUUGAAGAAGAUUCGUUUAGGCAUCGAAGGUUACCCUACGUACAAAGAGAAAGUGAAGAAAAGAGCCGGUGGACGGGCCGAAGUAAUUUAUAAUUACGUUCAAAGACCUUUCAUUCACAUGUCUUGGGAGAAAGAAGAAGCGAAAAGUCGUCACGUCGAUUUUCAAUGCGUCAAAUCUAAAUCUGUGACGAAUCUCGCUGAAGCUACUGCCGAUCCAGUAUUAGAUGCUGGUGGAAAUCCUAUUGCGAUCGGUCUCCUGCAAGCAGCAGACCCAGUGCCUCAACCAGAAAUCGUGCUACCAGUCGGUUCAGACGCCGACGUUGAAGGUGCCAUAGGUUUACCGGCCGAUCAAGACCUUGGAUCUAUACCACCCGACGAGUUACCAUGAAUGUUAAGUGUACAAGAUAGACUGAGCAGGCACGAAGUUCGGUUACCAAGUAUUUAUGGACUGCUUUCUUCUUGCGUCAAUUUUUAAAGUUAGUCAGACUCGCUUAUCUCACAAUUUCAUUUAAUUCGGUAGUCAUAUUUGAACAUCGUUGGUUUUCUAACGAGAAAACUCUAUCAUAUUUUCCAUAUUUUUAUACCGUAAGCACUCAAUAUUAGUUGAACGAAAUUGCUUGACUACAAAAGCGCGCUUCGAACAAGACAAAAAGUUUCUUGUGGGUUAGGCAGGUCUGAUUUUGACUCAGUCAAAAUGAUACAUAGUGAAAUUAUCGCAUCUUGUGGAUGUUCAUCUAGUUUAACAAAAUGUCCGCCGCGACUUUUUCAAUUUUGUAUGUAACGUUAAACGUUUCUAAUUACUUGUCAAAUACAAAGUAACGAUUCGUUGAUAUUUGCGAACAACACUUGCCGUUUUAUACGAUUAAUAAAGUUGAAUACCGUUUCCGAG